AUGAAUUUCAGCCGUUGGAUUGCGGCGUACCGGGAUUUCGGUGCCCGGAGUCCAUCCUACACGGCUAUGGCCUCCAACCAGAGUUCCUUGGGUUUCCCCGAAAAGUAUCGGCUACACUCGCGAUUUCAACGGCUAUUUGCCUGUACAGCCAUCGUCCUCUUUGCUAUCAUCGGCGUGGCUGUCUACUCAAGGGAGCACGACCUGCUGCCAGCUAUACUCUCUCGUCCGUCUAGAGCGGAAAUGACCAAAGAGGACUACAUCAAUGCCGUCCUGCGCGACCCAGUAGAGGGCCUCCUCGACCCCGAGCCCAUCCGCAAGAAAUGCAACGAGACGCAGUACCAAGAGGGUCUCGUCUGGCACUGCGACACCGUCGUUGGAGGCAUCGGCAACGUGGGAAACAUGUGGCUGAACUGCGUGCGAUAUGCUAUGGAAGCAGGAGGCGCCCGCAGCGACAACCUGAUCGACCUGGGCAACAAGGACCACUCGGUCGACCUGAGCUACCUCUUCGACGUCGACUACUUCCUGGUUUCGUGGAAGGAGGUCUGCCCGCGGAUCCAGGCCGUCGUCUCGGACGCAGAGGUGCCCGACCUGCCGCCAACGCCGUCAGAUCGAUCACCACACCUAGCGCCCAGCCGAGUCAAGUCCUUUCCGAUGCGCAAAUACCUGAUCGUCGACCCGACCGGCUGGCGCGAAGCCUUUGAUGCCUGGCUGGCCAAGGUGCCAGCACCGGCCGUGUCGGCCACGAGCCCGGUACGUGUCUGGCAGGACAUGGUGCUGGCCCAAUGGAACCGCGAGGCGAACUCGCCCGCGUUUGGCAAUGCCUUUCCGCGCCUGUUUCGCUAUCCCCUGCAGACGCGCCGGCUGGCGGCCGCGGCGCUGUGGAGCCUCGAGCAGAAGAUGGGCCGCCCCGUGGUCGCCGACAGCAUCUUGUUUUCGGCCGACUCCCCGACGGCCGAGCUGCCGUCCACCUCUCAGGCCAACUCGCUCGGUCCUGGACGGCUAGCACCAGCUGGCUUCCUGGGCGCCCACAUGCGCGUGGCUGCCGACGCGGCGGCGGCUGGCUGGCCCGGCUACGAGGCCCAGGCGCCCUUCUUCAUCACCGAGGCCAAGCAGCGCAACUUGACGACGGUCUACCUGGCCACGGGCUCGGACGAACACCGCGAGCGGUUCCGCAAAGACGCCGCCGCCGAGGGCCUGCAGGUGUUCACCAAGGAGGACCUCCUGGAAGAGCAGGAGCUCGCCGAGCUGCAGACGCUCACGUGGGAUCAGCAGGCCCUGGUCGACUUUGAAGUGCUCGUCCAUAGCACCUGGUUCUACGGCUUCGUGCGCAGUAGCUUCAGCUGGGCUCUCGCCCUGCGCCGUGGCACGCUGCCCGAAGCCGGCCCAUCACAGGUGACCGACCAGCUGGGAGACGAGUUCCGGGACAACAUCAGCGCCGUCGUCGGACGCCAUCCCAACAUCAACCCAGAGGGGAUUCGUGCGGCCGCCUUGAGCCAACCACGGCUGGUCGGCAAGCAGCUUGCACGUGCUCUGCCCAGGCGGCCUUUGACAGUUGCUGACUGCUUCUCGACGACGGCUGUCGUGCGCAAGCGUGACGUCUUCCCGGCCCAUGAGACAGAGCACAUCCGCCAGACACCCCCGGCCUGGCAACACCAUGGAUACACCGCGGAGGAGAUGCUGGCGGUCAAGCCGGGCCACCGGCCGCCCGAGACCAUGGGUGACCGGCUGGCCUGGCGCCUGAUCCGCAUUUGCCGCUGGGGCAUGGACACGGCCACGGGCAUGAGCAGCAGCCAGCAGACGGACGUCCGGAAGCCAACGACGGCGGUGGUGGCCGAGAAGCCGCUGACGGAGGCGCAGUGGCUGAUUCGGUUCAUCUUCCUCGAGUCCAUCGCCGGCGUCCCGGGCAUGGUGGCCGGCAUGCUGCGCCACCUGCGCUCGAUCCGGCAGCUAAAGCGCGACAACGGCUGGAUCGAGACCCUGCUGGAGGAGUCGUUCAACGAGCGGAUGCACCUCCUGACCUUCUUGAAGAUGUGCGAGCCCGGCCGGUUCAUGAAGCUGAUGAUCCUCGGCGCCCAGGGCGUCUACUUCAACGCCAUGUUCCUGUCGUACCUGAUCAGUCCACGCAUCUGCCACCGCUUCGUCGGCUACCUCGAGGAAGAGGCCGUCCACACGUACACGCGCUGCCUGGCUGAGAUGGACGCCGGCGGCACGCCGCUCUGGAGCGACCCCGCCUUCAAGGUGCCCGAGAUUGCCGUCAAGUACUGGCACAUGCCCGAGGACAGGCGCACCAUGAAGGACUUGAUCCUGUAUAUUCGGGCCGACGAAGCAAGCCAUCGUGGCGUCAACCACACGCUCGGAAAUCUCGACCAAAACGAAGAUCCAAACCCGUUUGUGAGCGAAUACAAGUCCGGCAACGCACCGCCCAAGCCGAUGGUACGGCCUGCCGGCUAUGAGCGCGAAGAGGUCAUAUAG